UACAGAUUCACAACUUGAUGUACAACAAAAGACGACGCUUGAGUUGCUCAGUCUUUCUGCGAGGUGAAAGAAUGGCUGGACAUCCUUUCCCCCUGACGGUAGAGGGAAGUUGGAAAACUGCCGUCUCUGCUGGGGUAAAGAACAAGCUCCACAUUUAUUUUCAAAGUAAAAAGAAGUCGUGUGGAGGGGACUGCAUCAUACAAUACGAUGAUCUGAAAACCAACUUAGCGACAGUUUUUUUCCAAUCGGAAGACGUGAGGAAUAGCGUCCUUGAAAAAAGAAAUCAUGAGAUUACCAUAGACAAGGAGACAGUGCAGCUACGCGUUUCAUUGUCGGACGGAAACCAAGAGACAUCUCCGGAAUCGAUUAAUCAAGGAAAUAAUGGAAAAUCAGAUGUGUCGGUGGACCCUCCAGACUUGGAAAGCAUGUCUGGAACAGGAGCUGGGCUUGGUGCUGGGCCUGGAACUGGGCCUGGUCCUGGUCCUGGUGCUGGUGCUGGUGCUGGUGCUGGGCCUGGAACUGGUCCUGAUGCUGGCCUAGCUGUGGGUGAAGAGGGGAUUCCUCGGAGCACUGCUGUGGUCCUCCAGGGAAUACCCGACACCAUGUCCAAGGAAGUACUGGGAAUGAUAGUGGAAAGUGUCGGUCACCUGGAUGAAGACCACUUUGAUCUGGAGCUCAUCUCUGAGAUAAACACUGCAGUGGUGACCUUCAGGAAUCCCAACGAUGUUGGCCGGUUUCUGGAUGAAAGCAAGACUCAUAAGAAGUUCUCGCAGCACGGUCUGACUGGCUGGCCUCUGGAGAUGGUCCAGUGUGUCAGAGUGGAGAACCUCACCCCUGCCCUCUGUAAUACAGAGAUGCUGGAGCUCUACUUUGAGAGGUGGGGGGGCCAAGUGAAGGACUGCACCCUCAUCCCAGAAGAACAUGCGGCCAUUGUGACAUUUGAGGAGUCAAAAGGGGCAGUAAAAACUCUGAAGAGAGAUAACGUUAUCAGCAGUGUCAAAGUUGAUGUGUAUCCAUACUACAAGUCACUAGGCACCGUCCUGUACGGUAAGGACCGCCCUUUGUGGAAGACGCCAGACGCCUUCACAAAGGGCGUGCACCCUGCCGUGUGGAAAUUCCUGGUCAUGAAGAAACUAUUUUCGGUCAUCGAUGACCAGAUGAAGACCCACUUCUGUCAGGUAAACAUGGACUCUCCAGAGGCCAGGCUGAGUCCUCUACCAUCCUUAAUCAGACAGCGAGGCCUAACAGCUCAACAGCUCGACCAAUGGAAAGACAACGCCUCUGAUGCCUUCUGUAACAUCCUCGCCCGAUAUUCCGCCUUUGAGUGCACAACAAAUGCACCAGCUUGGAAAGCAGUGGAGACAGAAAUCCGCUCUGUGGUGAAACAGGAUGCUGUCCUAGUCCCCGAUUUCUCAAGAGGGACUCUGACCGUCGCAGGACUGGAGGAAAACUUGCGACAUCUAAAGCGUCCUGUGGAGAACAGCAUGGGGAAAGCCUUGAGCAAGAUCGAGAGGCAGUCGGAUGGUAUAAGAGAGGAAGUAGAUAUGCCUCCUGCCAAGUUCAACAUCCUGCAGCAAAUGGGAAUUAAGAAGGCAGUAGCAGCCAUAUCUGCUGAGAUGCAUUUCUCCUACGUUGACAUCACCAAGAAGCUGGUUCUCUCAGGUCUGGCUGCAGAGGUGCUCAAGGUGCGGAUGUGGAUCCUGGAGAGGGAGCUUGAGAUGAAGAAGAAACAGCUGGAUGUGGACCCGGUUCUUGUGGACUUCCUGAAGUCUGUGGACUACAUGGAGAUGUCACAAGACUUGUUCACCUCGCGGGGCAUCAGUGCUGUGUACCAUAUCGAGGGUAGGGGGAUUCAUCUGACUGGCAGCUCAGAAGGAGCCCUGACAGAGGCUGAGAAGAGGCUGAAAGGGGUGCUGUCCCUGUACCACAUCAACAUUGAAGACGAGGGGGUUUUGAAAAUGCCCGAAUGGAAGACACUGAACAAUCAACUACUCGACUCCUGCAACACAUCCAAGAAAAAAACUGUGGUGAUCAAUCUAGAGAGCGGCCUUGGAAUCACUGUGUCUGGUUUCCUUGAGCCGGUAAAGGAAGUCAGCAGCGGUUUGGAGGACUUUGUCGAGAAGUACUCGCGGGUUGAAGAGUCUGUCCGUGUUAAGUCUUGUGCUGUGGCUAAAUUCAUUGAGGACAACAAAUCACAGGAUUGGAAACGUUUUGCCAAACCUGAUGAGGUCAAAGUUCACUUUGAUCCUAGAAGACCUAGAAUCUUCAUCUCUGGAGCCCGACUCCAUGUCAAGGAAGUCAUGAAAGCCUUUAGGAGUAUUGCAGCGGAUCUGUGCACCGAUGAGCUGAAAAUCAUGAAACCUGGAGCUAAGAAGUACUUUCUAGAGCAGGGCAGUAUGUUCUUACCCACCGUGAUGAGGGAAUACAGCUGUGUGGUGCUGUUACAGGAGAAUCACAUGCUGGAUGACGAGGAGGAGGAGGAGGAGGGUGAAGAUGAAGACAAAGGCUUCCGAACCUCACCUUGCUGUGAAGUUCGAACGGCUAGCGGGGUCCUCGUCUCGGUGACGAUGGCCGACAUUUGCAAGUUCAGAGCGGACGCCGUGGUCAAUGCCGCCAAUGAGGAUCUGAAACACAUCGGUGGUCUGGCUUUAGCUCUGCUCCGUGCGUCCGGGCCACAGCUUCAGAAGCUCAGUGAUGAUCACAUUAGCAAGUACGGACAGCUGAGUCCAGGCGAUGCUGUGGUGACAGACGCAGGAAACCUGCCCUGUAAACACGUGAUCCAUGCAGUUGGCCCGCGCUUCACAGACUCCGACCGCUUUACAGCCGUGUGUCGUUUGAAGAAGGCUGUGACACAGAGCCUCAGCGCGGCGGAGAGGAUGGGCUGCUCGUCGGUGGCGGUCCCCGCCGUGAGCUCUGGAAUAUUCGGUUUUCCUCUGGACAUCUGCAGCGACACCAUCGCCAAAGCCGUGCGGGAGUUCUGUGACACCGAAAGAAACUAUGGCUCCCUGGCUGAGAUCCACCUGGUUGACAACGAUGCGAAAAGAGUGACGGCCAUGGCGAACGCUAUCCAGACUGUCUUUGGUGACCGGAACCCGAGAAUGGACCUGCCAAAACAGAGAGCUCAACGGGGGACUGGAUACAGAGGAAGGGGACAACGAGGACACCAACAUCCUGGAUUCAGAGGAAAGUCAUCAUGGGGAGGUGGGGACUGGGAACAAGGAGGCAGAGGAGGCAGAGGACAGUCAACAUGGGGAGGUGGGGACUGGGAACAAGGAGGCAGAGGAGGCAGAGGACAGUCAACAUGGGGAGGUGGGGACUGGGAACAAGGAGGCAGAGGAGGCAGAGGACAGUCAACAUGGGGAGGUGGGGACUGGGAACAAGGAGGCAGAGGAGGCAGAGGACAGUCAUCAUGGGGAGGUGGGGACUGGGAACAAGGAGGCAGAGGAGGCCGAGGCAGAGGAAAGAGAGGUAGAGGAGGCUACAAUGAAGGCAAAGAGGCUGCAGGCUCUUCUGGGCAGCGAGGCCAAGACAGGCAGUUUGAGAGGGAAGACAGAGAGGACUUCCUGCAGUCCAAGCGUACUCAAGAAGGAAUGAAGAUCGUUCUCAGGAAGGGGAAUAUCCAAGAGCAACAUACUGACAUCAUCGUCAACACCAUCGCUGAGAACGUGGACCUUGGGACAGGCGCCGUCUCCAACGCCAUCCUUCAAGCCGCUGGGCCUCAGCUCCAAUCAGCAGCCAGAGAUGAGGCGGGCAGUGGCAGGUUGACCUAUGGGAAAGUCCUGGUUACUGAUGGCUUCAACUUGCGAUGCAGGCGGGUGUUCCAUGCAGUCUGUCCACCAUGGGACCAUGGGGCUGGCCAAGCAGAAGAGGCACUCAGGACGAUCAUAAGGUUUUGCCUAAAGGAGGCUGAGAAGUUGAAACUAAGGUCCCUGUCUUUCCCUGCCAUCGGCACGGGUAACAUGAGCUUCCCCAGGUCUCUGGUGUCCAGCCUCAUGCUGCAGGAGGUCCAGACCUUCAGCAGGACUACAAACCCAGAGUACCUGUGUGAGGUGGCCUUUGUGGUCCAUCAUACUGACACCCAAACUGUGGAUUGCUUUAGCAGAGAAUUCCAAGGCCAGGCACAGGGAAGUCGGAUGGAAACCUCAUCUGGCCAAUCGCAUCACUCCAAUUCUCCCCAUCACAAAUCACAGCAGUCUCCUGCUUUCUUUGGACAGGUGUCAUCAGCCUCUCUCGGCGUGUACCGCAUGCAGAUGGGUCACCUGACCUUUGAAGUGUCAUCGGGAGAUAUCACCAAAGACAGCAGUGAUGUCAUCAUUAACUCCUCCAACAAGGACUUCAGUCUCAAAUCAGGUGUGUCAAAGGCGAUUUUAGAUGCAGCUGGAUUACAGGUGGAACAGGAAUGUGCACGGAUCGUCAAAUCUCCACAGUUCCAGCCAUGCUUAAUGAUAAUGACAUCGGCGGGACUCCUCCCUUGUAAACGCAUUAUCCACAUCAUGGGCCACAAUGACCCCAGCAAGAUCAAGGACAUUGUGUAUGAAGUCCUUAAGACCUGUGAUAAGCACAAGCUCACCUCAGUGGCUUUCCCCGCCCUUGGAACAGGCCUGGGCGGAGUCAGCCCCUCUGCAGUUGCGGACGCCAUGAUGGACGCGGUGGUGAACUUUGUGAGGAAAAAGAACACCAGCGUGGUUAAGAGCGUGAAGAUUCUGAUAUUCCAGCCCAACAUGUUGACUGAAUUCCACAAGAGCAUGCAGAAGAGACAGGGGAAGGAAGUGGAGGAGAAGAGCUUUUUAACCAAGAUGAAAGAUUCAGUCACAUCCUUUUUCAUGGGUCCUAGCGAGGAGAGCUCUGAGACCAGGAACUUUGUCAUGCAGCAGGAAGAGUUUGACCCUGUAGUGUUCCAGCUGUGUGCAGACAAACACAGGUCUGUGAGUGCAGCCAAGGCUCGGAUCGAAAACCUGAUCGUGAAGGAGCAGUCUAAUGAGGAUGUCAAGAGUCAGCACAUCCAGCAGCUCAGCCAGAGGGACUUGGAGGAGUUGCAGGCCCUGCAGAAGGAGCUUUCUGUCAGUGUCCGUCUGGAGAAGAAGGGCCCAGACUCUGUCAUCCGCCUGGAGGGUUUGACCCGAGAUGUCCUCACUGCACACAAGAAGGUCAGAGAAAUGAUCGACAGGGUGGAGAAGGCUGAGAGCCACAAACAGAAGGCCCAACUCCUGAGCAAGCUGGUAGAGUGGCAGUACCAAGACAAGGUGAAGGGAACGAUGGAACCCUUUGACAUCUUCACCAACUUUGACCUGGAGGAGGCCUUAGAACGUAAACGCUCCAUCAGAAUCAAGAUCCACAAUGUGGACCACGAUGCCGACGUGGUCCGCAAAAAAGCAUCACGUAUCGGAAGAGUUCAGAGUGAAAUUGAGUUGUAUAGAGAAGAUCUGAAAGGUGAUGGUUCUGCGUCUCUGCCAGCUCAUUGGGAAGACAUGAAGGGUUCCCUCGUGAAGAUGGUCACUUUAAAUCCUGGAUCUCCAGAGUACAUCGGUGUGGAGAAGGAAUUUAGGAAGACAGGGCUGGCCUCUGCCAUCACCAAAAUUAAAAGAGUCCAGAAUGGAUCCCUGUGGAAGAACUACCAGAUAAAGAAGAAACACCUGGAGAACAAGAACAAGCACACCAACAAUGAGAAACAGCUAUUCCACGGCACCAGUUCCAGUUCCAUCGGUCAGAUUAAUGACAACGGCUUUAAUCGCAGCUAUGCAGGACAACACGGUGCUAUGUUUGGCAGCGGCUCUUACUUUGCGGUUGACCCCGCCUACUCUGCAAAUGGGUACGCGAAACCUGAUGCUCAGGGACACAAGCGCAUGUACCUGGCCCUGGUCCUUGUGGGAGAUCACACACUGGGAAACACAACGCUGAUUGUUCCUCCUGCCAAAAGCGGCACGACAGACCUGUUCGACAGCGUCACAGAUAACGUGGCUAACCCAACAAUGUUUGUGAUCUUCAAUGAUGUCCAGGCUUAUCCAGAGUUCCUGAUCCAUUCAAGUAAAUUAGAUCUGUAGCAGUUGUUGGUCUUAAUAUGUUUUACAUAUCCAUGUGCCUUUAGGGUGUGUGGGUUGUUUAUAAGAGAUGGAUAUUUACAGUAAAUCAGCGGAUUUUGUGGAAUGAACAACCAGUGCAAUUUUACAGAAUGUUAAACUGUUUAACUUAGAUAACAUGUAUGACCUGAUCGGGAGGAAAAUUAAUUUGGCGGCCAGAGUAUCUGACCUUGCCUGUCAGACGGAAACAUUUGAUUAUGUUUAUAUUAGUUUCUCUUAAUGGAUAAUUUUUCUGACUUUUUGCCAAUCAUUGGGUUUUGAAGGGGUAUUGUUGUCGAAAAUUGCAACAAUAUAGAAUGAAACUAUUAUAUACAUACACAUUAUUUCACUGUUGACUAGGUUGUGUUGGUAACCAGUCUAAGACAAUGCCAUGGAAGGUAUAUAUUCUAUAGCGUUAAAUUGUUCUCCUCCAAUCAUUCAUCAAUAAUUGGCAUCCUGCACUUAUGCUGUUAAAAGAUGACAUGCACAAAUACCCAAUGAUUUCCACAAUAAAGGUAAGGUUUUUGUUUCAAAACCGA